AUGACAUCUCAAUCUAGUUCAUCAAACUCAAAUCCAACUAAAAUCAAAAUCAUUCAUCAUCCAACUAACUCAAACGGUCCACAUCAAAUCAGUUGUUUACAUUCAGAUGCAACUCAAUCCACUUGGCCAGCUAUAGGUCCUUGUCCAACUUCCAUCAAAACUUCAACUUCUUGGGAUUCAAUCGAUUUAAAUUCAAAAAUUUCUAACAAAUGGUUAUCUAUCUUAGGUAAAGGUUUAGCUGAUUCAUUAGGAUUAAUCAAAUGUACUCAAAAAGAGGAUUGGAAGUUAACUAACUUUCCUGAAAAUUAUCAACUUUUUAAUUAUAUUAAGGGAUCACUUCAAGAUCAGUAUCUUUUUGGAUCCAGUCACGUACGCAAAUUUCGAACAGCCAAUGAGUUUCUGCCACAUCUUCAAUGGCUUGCUACCUCCAAUUCUACUAUCACUUGUCAAUGUAAAUAUUGUGCAGGAACCAAAAGUCAAACAGAAACCAAUUCAAAUUACACCAAUCAUUCACAACCCACCAUCCAAAGAUCAAAACCUACGAAUUCGAAACGUAAAGCCAUCAAAGCAUUGAAUCGAACUCAUGAAUUAACUUCACCUGAAGAUUCAUCACAAGAGAUUGUGAAGAAACGACCUAGUAAGAAAUUCAAAGUGACUGGAACCAGAUCAUCAUCUGAAGUACCUGCGAUUCUGGCUUCAAAUGAUUCAAGAUCUGAACUUAAUUCGAUAGAUUCAAGACAAGUAAAUUAUCAUGGACCAUAUUUAUCAAAAGAUUUAAAACGAGAUUUAAUGACUGAUCGAUCGAAUUUUAGAGAAUAUGAAUUGGUUUGGUGUAAUAUUGAAGAUGAAUUUAUUGGAAAUAAAGAUUCGAAUUCUAAAAAUCAAGAUCGAUUUGAUUUAGAUACAAAGUAUUGGCCUGGAUUAUGUGAAGAGAUGGUCUUAGAAACUCAAGCUUGUAUUACAAUAGAUGAUGAUGAAGAUGGUGAAGGAGAAGACACUGAAAAAAGUAAGAAAAGAUUAGAUAAACAUUCGAAUCGAAAAUCAAAUGAAACAUUAAUCAAUUCGAUCAAUCAAAAAGCAUUGGUAGUUAAAAGACCCAAAAAUAAACGACUUAAAGUAGAUUUGUCUAAAGGUACAUCAACUUCUUCUUCAUUUACCAAAAUGAAAUCAGAACAAAAAUUUUAUUGGAAGAUCAGAUUAUUAGGAUUAGAAGAAAUCAUUAAAAGAGAAGAAUCUUCAAUAUUACCUUGGUUAUUUCAACCGUUUAAAGAUAUUAAGGAAAAAUUCAAUUUAAAGAAUUCCACUCAACAAAACUUAUCUAAUUAUUUAAUUGAAAGACAACAAGAAUGCAAAAGACCCAUGUUAGAUAAUUUUACGUGUAUUGAGAAUGCUAAAUUGAGUUUUUUAUUAGCUUUACAAAUCGGAGCUAAUCUAGAAGAAUCUUGGUCUACUUCUGAUCCUUAUGAUUUACAAACUGAUGAAGGAGAAGACGAAUCUGAAGAAUUGAUUAGAAGACCUACUAUGAUUCAUAAAGCUCAAGUGAAUGAAGUAAACGGAUUGAUGAUGAAGAAAAUACCUGAGAAUUGGUAUCAAAGUGUUUGGUGGGGUGCUGAAAAGAUUUGGAUCUUUGAUACAGUUAGAUUGAAUAAAGUGGAAUCUGAUUUACCAAUGGAAUUAUUUAAAAAUCAAUUGAAUUCGAAGUUAAAUUUAAAUCAUAUUGAUUCAAAUGAUAAAGCCUAUUUUUUAAAAAUUGAUGGAAUUUAUCGUGAUGAGAUUGAAGAAACGAUCAUUUUGAUUGGAAAAGUUUAUGAUUUAGUUUCGGUUUCUUCUUUUACUCCAAAGAAAUCUUUACCGAAUCAUAAACCGAACGCGAAACCGAAACCUUCGAUUGUGGUAGUGAUUGAUGAUGAUGAUGAUGAUGAAGAAGAAGAAGAAGACAAAACCAAAAGUCGAUCAACUCCUAAAAUCACCAAACUUACUAAUGUACCGAUCCUACCCACCAUCCCAGAAGAUUCAAGUGAUACAAGUUUUAAAUAUUUACCUAUCCCACCUAAAGGUUAUAAGUUUAGACAACUUACUCCCUUUGGUGAAUCUCAUCAUGUUCAUUUGAAUUGUAUUGCUGGACGUUAUUAUUCUCCUGCGAUCAAAAACCGAUCAGAUAAACUUUCGAAUUAUAGUAAAAGGUUUUUAUCUAAAAUCUCAUCUAAUGCUCAUUCCAAUUCGAAUUCCAAUUCAACUUCUGAUUCGAAGUCUGGAAUACUAGGAGGUGAUCAUUGGGAAUCCGGUUUGAAUGGGAAUGGAAACCUUUCUACUACAAUGCGAAAACCGAAAGAUCUUCAAAGACAGAAUUCUAGUUUGUUUGGACUUACGGCUGGUCGAUGGAAUUUUAUGAAGUGUACUAAAUGGAAAGUUAAUAGAAUGAAAAGUAUUAUGGAAUCUGAACGUUUAGCUGAAGAAGAGAUGAUUAAAGCUUCUUCAAUGAUUAAUGGUUCGUCUGAAAAUGAAUUGAAACCGAUUUGA